UUUUUUUUUUCGUUACUUGCCGCGUCUUUGGAUUUUUGAGGCAAUAUCCGAAACGAUUUUUGUUAAAUCAUACGCCGUGUGUGUAUAUAAACGAAGACGAGUCUCUUCGGCGCUUAGUGCGGCAACGUCCACUUCGCCAGCUGCAUCCCAGCGAUCUUUCCCCAAGCACAAGUCCACAAGCCAGUGCAAAUAAAGUUUAAGACUUACAUUUAAGAUGGUCAACAUCGGCCACAUAUUCGUGUGGGCCUUGCUCUUGGUCACUACAUCGGGCACUGAUCUGACCGAUGAUGAGGCGCUCAAUGAUGUUUUAAGCGAACUUGAUUUUGACGAAUCUUCGCCAAGAUUAACUCGCGACACUUCUCUGUCAGCUAAGCACAUCGAGAAGAUCGAUGUGAAAUGCGACCAAGGUAAUGGUAUGAUGGUUGAGGUGGAGUUCUCCGAGGACUUCGAGGGAGUCAUCUACAGCCAGGGAUAUUACAAUGACCCCAAGUGCAACUACGUGAAGGGCGACCGAGGGGGUCGUAGUUUCACAUUUACUGUGCCAUACGAUGGAUGCGGCAGCAAGCCCUCGUGCUCCGUAUGCGCCUCAAUCGAGAACAUCCUGAUUAUCCAGGAUGACAGAGAUAUUCAAAAUAGCUUCGAUAUAGCACGGAAAAUAUCGUGCAGUCGGGGUGACGAACGUGAGAAGACUGUUUAUUUCAAGCCAUUUGUGGUGGACAUGCUGGAGGUUAUUUCCGUGGAUACACCAAGUGGUCCUGUAGAGUGCUGGAUGGAAAUUGGCACGGGAUCCCCGCCCAAUAUCAAACCUAUUCAGGGUACUCUAACCCUUGGAACUGACAUAACGUUUACCAUAAACGUUAAGCAUUCGGAACAGGCAUGGGAUAUUAAUAUACUGCAAUGUUAUGCCUCCGAUGACAUGGACUUUGAGGCCAGAACGACGAAGAGAUUACAGCUCUCGGACAAGAGAGGUUGUUCGAUUAAGGAGAAAAUAUUUGGAGAGUGGCGAAAGUUCGAAGCGCCUUCCAGUCUAACAGCUACUUACUAUAAUACUCUGAAGGCCUUCAGAUUCCCCGACCGAUCUCAGGUUUAUCUCAAAUGUGACAUUGAACUCUGCAAUGGAGCAUGCAAACGGGACUACUCUUGCGGUAGCGAGAGGUCAGGCCCCUGUCCCGAGGGAUCAACUGACCCUCAAUGUUUACAGGAUCAUCUUAUUUCUCCAAAGCCUCGCUGCUAUCCAGGAUCCAGGGAACCAGGUUGUCCAGUGCCCACUUCCCAGCCACCCACAACUAUCAGGAUACCGAUUGCCUCAACUUUCACGCCAAGGCCACGGUGCUAUCCCGGAUCCAGCGAUCCAAGUUGCCCCCAAACUCCAAAAACAACAUCCAGUCCCAGUUGUCCUUUGGGCUCAACUGAUCCUCGUUGUCGCGUUGGGCCAUCGCCAACAACAAAGCCAAGGUGCUAUCCGGGUUCAAGUGAUCCGGCAUGUCAACCAGCUACUUAUCUUCCACCAACAACUAGAAGGACUUCAAUAAAACCACGUUGUUAUCCGGGUUCAAAUGAUCCUGAUUGUCAACCGGCAACACGAGCGCCAGUUACUACAUUGAAACCAAGAUGUUAUCCCGGCUCUGAUGAUCCUGAAUGUCAGCCUGCAACUCUAAUACCCCAAACGACGAGAAGGACUCCAAUUACAACAACGCGGCCACGUUGUUAUCCGGGAUCAACAGAUCCAGACUGCCAACCAAGAACAAGACCACCAGUUACCACACAAAAGCCAAGGUGUUACCCAGGAUCGCCCGAUCCGGAAUGUCAACCGGCUACUUACCUUCCCCCGACCACAAGGAGAUCUCCAAUUCCAACAACCAGAACCCCUGUAACUACACCUAGGCCGAAUUGUUAUCCGGGCUCAACGGACAGUCGGUGCCCACAGAAACCUCCAACGACUCCAAGGCCUAGAUGUUAUCCUGGAUCCCCAGAUCCAGCCUGCCAGCCGGCGACUACCAAGCCACCAACGACUCCGCAGCCGAAGUGCUAUCCCGGCUCAUCAGAUCCAGAGUGCCUAAAUUGCUAUCCUGGUUCACCAGACCCGCGAUGUCCCAAGGUUCCUACUACCAAGAAGGCAGGUUGUUUUGAGGGCUCGGAUGACCCGAAGUGUCAACCGGCGACAUAUUUGCCGCCAUCUUCUCGCCGCCCUCCCACAAUUGCACCUAAGCCAAGAUGCUAUCCUGGAUCAACUGAUCCUAGCUGUCCGCAACCAACUCAACCAACAACCAGAAGGACACCUGUAACUACGCCUAGGCCUAGGUGUUAUCCAGGAUCUGACGACCCAGAAUGUCAGCCAACUACUUAUACUACUCCGACGACCAGAAGGCCUGUAACUACCUCCAAGCCAAAUUGUUAUCCUGGUUCGACUGACAGGCAGUGCCCACAAGAACCCAUUACGACACCAAAGCCUAGAUGUUAUCCUGGCUCACCAAACCCUGAAUGUCAACCUGCAACUUACCUUCCACCAGCAACUGUACGAACGACGUCCAAGCCAAGGUGUUAUCCGGGUUCCAAUGAUCCUAGUUGCCAACCUCCAACAAUUGCACCUAAGCCAAGGUGCUAUCCUGGAUCAACUGAUCCCAGCUGUCCGCAACCAACUCAACCACCAACAACUCGGACACCUGUAACUACUUCAAAGCCAAAUUGUUAUCCGGGAUCAACUGAUCGUCGUUGUCCCCAAAAACCACCAACGACACCAAAACCAAGAUGUUUCCCGGGAUCAACAGAUCCUAGUUGCCAGCCUGCAACAUAUCUGCCACCAACAACGGCAAGGCCAACCAUUCCCACAACACAACCAAGGUGUUAUCCUGGUUCAAGUGAUCCUUACUGCCAGCCACCAACAACAAGAAGGCCAAUUACCACAUCGAAACCAAAUUGUUACCCAGGCUCCACCGAUAGUCGUUGUCCACAGAAGCCACCUACGACUCCGCAGCCAAAGUGCUAUCCCGGCUCAUCAGAUCCUGAAUGUCUGAAUUGUUAUCCUGGCUCUCCAGAUCCACGAUGCCCCAAGGUUCCUACCACAAAGAAGGCUGGGUGCUUUGAUGGUUCAGACGAUCCCAGGUGUCAACCUGCUACUUAUUUACCGCCAUCCACCAACCGAACUCCUACAGUUGCUCCUAAGCCAAGAUGCUACCCGGGAUCAACCGAUCCAAGAUGCCCGAAAGUGACACAGCCAACAACAAGGGCACCAGUUACUACAGCAAAACCACGAUGCUAUCCUGGAUCUAAUGAUCCUGAAUGCCAACCAGCUACUUAUUUGCCUCCGACAACAAGACUUCCUGUGACAACAUCUAAGCCCAGAUGCUAUCCAGGCUCAAGGGAACCUGAAUGCCAGCCUGCAACUAGACCACCAAUUACCACGUCUAAGCCGAAAUGCUACCCAGGCUCCUCUGAUCCUGAGUGUCAGCCAGCAACUGUCAGAACCACAAUUCCAACAGUUCCGACGACCAGAAGGCCGGUAACUACGGGAAAGCCAAACUGUUAUCCAGGCUCCACUGAUAGACGUUGUCCACAGCAACCGGUAACGACACCACAGCCAAGAUGUUACCCUGGUUCACCAAAUCCUGAAUGUCAGCCUGCUACUUAUCUUCCCCCCACAACGUCCAGAAUUACUACUCCUAAGCCCAGGUGUUAUCCGGGCUCCAGCGAUCCCGUUUGUCAGCCAACCACCUACACGCCUCCGACGACUAGAACUCCUGUAACUACAUCGAAGCCUAUUUGUUAUCCUGGCUCCACCGAUAGUCGUUGUCCUCAGAAACCGCCAACGACUCCGCAGCCAAAGUGCUUUCCCGGCUCAUCAGAUCCUGAAUGCCUCAAUUGCUAUCCUGGAUCCCCAGAUCCAAGAUGUCCCAAGGUUCCAACAACCAGGAAGCCAGGAUGCUUUGAUGGCUCGGAUGAUCCGAGAUGUCAGCCUGCCACCUACUUACCUCCUACAUCUCGUCGUCCAACCACGAUUGCACCUAAGCCAAGGUGUUAUCCAGGAUCAACGGAUCCCAGCUGUCCGCAACCAACUCAACCAACAACAAGAAGGACACCUGUAACUACAUCUAGGCCUAGGUGUUAUCCGGGAUCUGAUGACCCCGAAUGUCAGCCAGCUACUUAUACACCUCCAACGACCAGAAGGCCUGUAACUACCUCCAAGCCUAAUUGUUAUCCGGGAUCGACAGAUAGACGCUGUCCUCAGGAACCGGUGACGACACAGAAACCUAGAUGUUAUCCCGGCUCACCUAACCCAGAGUGUCAACCUGCAACUACGGCCAAGCCAAGAUGUUAUCCAGGUUCAAAUGAUCCUGAUUGCCAGUCGCCACCAACAACUAGAACUCCCAUUACUACAUCAAAGCCGAUUUGUUAUCUAGGAUCAACGGAUAGUCGAUGCCCUCAGAAACCACAGACAACUCCAAAACCAAGAUGUUAUCCCGGAUCACCAGAUCCUGAAUGUCAGCCUGCCACUUACCUGCCUCCAACUACGUCCAAGCCAACAAUUCCCACAACGAGGCCAAGAUGUUAUCCUGGAUCCACUGACCCGUAUUGCCAACCGAAAACGUAUUCCCCGCCGACAUCAAGGCCUCCCAUAACUACAUCGAAACCCAGAUGUUAUCCUGGCUCACCUAACCCAGAGUGUCAACCUGCUACCUACCUUCCCCCUACGACAGCACGAGUUACAAUCCCAACCACUAAGCCGAGGUGUUAUCCUGGUUCAAACGAUCCCGAUUGUCAGCCAACCACUUACACGCCCCCGACAACCAGAACUCCUAUAACUACAUCGAAGCCCAAUUGCUAUCCAGGCUCCACCGAUAGUCGUUGUCCUCAGAAGCCACCAACGACUCCGCAGCCGAAGUGCUAUCCCGGCUCAUCAGAUCCUGAAUGUCUGAAUUGUUAUCCUGGCUCUCCAGAUCCCAGGUGUCCCAAGAUUCCCACUACCAAGAAAGCAGGAUGUUAUGAUGGUUCAGAUGAUCCGAGAUGUCAACCUGCCACCUAUUUACCUCCAUCCUCUCGCCGUCCUCCCACAAUCGCACCUAAGCCAAGAUGCUAUCCAGGAUCAACUGAUCCCAGCUGUCCUCAAUCCACUCAACCAACAACAAGAAGGACACCUAUAACUACAUCUAGGCCUAGGUGUUAUCCGGGAUCUAGUGACCCAGACUGUCAGCCAGCGACCUAUUCGCCACCGACUUCAAGAUCACAGAUUACUACCUUGAAGCCUCGGUGUUAUCCUGGGUCAAGGGAUCCAGAGUGCUCGCCGGUAACUUAUGCGCCCCCAACUACAAGGACGCCUGUUACAACUUCCAAGCCAAAUUGUUAUCCAGGCUCAACAGAUGUACGCUGCCCUCAGGAACCAAUUACUACACCAAGACCCAGAUGUUACCCCGGUUCAACGGACCCUGAAUGUCAGCCCGCAACUUAUCUGCCACCUACAACAGCACGCACAACGAUUCCUACAACCAGACAAAGGUGUUACCCGGGUUCCAAUGAUCCUAACUGCCAACCGGCAACGUACUCACCACCAACAACUCAAACGCCUAUAACUACGUCGAAGCCAAAUUGUUAUCCAGGAUCGACAGAUAGUCGGUGCCCACAGAAGCCUCUGACUACACCAAAACCAAGGUGUUUCCCGGGAUCAACAGAUCCUGAUUGCCAACCUGCAACGUAUCUGCCACCAGCAACGGCAAGGCCAACCAUUCCCACAACACAGCCAAGGUGUUACCCUGGUUCAAGUGAUCCUUACUGUCAGCCACCAACAACAAGAACGCCAAUUACCACAUCGAAACCGAACUGUUAUCCUGGCUCCACCGAUAGCCGUUGUCCACAAACGAAGCUACCAUCGACUCCGCAGCCAAAAUGUUAUCCUGGCUCAUCAGAUCCUGAAUGUCUGAAUUGUUUCCCUGGUUCUCCAGACCCAAGAUGUCCUAAGGUUCCAACAACCAAGAAGGCAGGGUGUUUCGAGGGCUCGGAUGAUCCUAAAUGCCAACCUGCCACUUAUUUGCCCCCAGCUACUUAUCGUCCGCCUACAAGUGCACCGAAGCCAAAUUGCUAUCCAGGAUCAACUGAUCCAAGGUGCCCGCAACCUACUCAGCGGACAACCAUUAGAACUCCAAUUACCACACAGAGAUGUUACCCAGGGUCUUCUGAUCCCGCUUGCGAACCACCAACAAGAGCACCCAUAACAACUGUGAGACCAAGAUGUUAUCCUGGAUCCAAUGAUCCGGAGUGUCAACCAUCGACCUACACUCCUCCGACAACACGGACUCCUGUAACUACUUCUAAGCCCAAUUGUUACCCAGGCUCUACGGAUAGACGCUGUCCGCAGACACCUGUGACUACGCAAAAGCCUAGAUGUUACCCCGGAUCCCAAGACCCUGAAUGUCAACCCGCCACUUAUCUCCCACCAACAACUCCCCGUGCAACGAUUCCUACGACUAAGCCUAGGUGUUAUCCGGGUUCCAAUGAUCCCAGUUGCCAACCGGCAACGUACACACCGCCAACAACUAGAACGCCAAUUACUACACCCAAGCCACGUUGCUAUCCGGGCUCAAGUGAUCCAUUCUGCCAACCCGCUACUUAUCUUCCGCCGACAACAGCCAGCAGGUGUUAUCCUGGCUCCAGCGAUCCUGUGUGUCAACCUGCCACUACAAGAACUCCUGCAACUACUUCCAAACCCAACUGUUAUCUGGGCUCUACGGAUAGCCGCUGUCCCCAGCCCACGACACCUAGACCAAGGUGUUAUCCAGGAUCAACGGAUCCCGAGUGCCUGCCAGUGACUACGACAAGAACGCCAAUUGCUGGUACCACUCCGGUCUACUGCUAUCCAGGAUCUAUUGAUCCACGUUGCCCUGAUUCCGGAUACAGGGGCACUAGCCGAAUUCCUGCCACAUAUCUACCGCCGCUGAGUGAUCCCGGCUACGAUAGAACCAUUCGGAAUGCGAAGACCCUGUUCUUCAAUGAAAUAAAUCACUUGGCCUUCACCGACAACAAUGUCUUCGAACUGGAAGAUGACGAAAGCGAGUCAUCGAGGGUGAAGCGCGAGUUGAAAUUCGACGAGGAUGACCUCUUGUCGAAGAAAAUCAUGAAGCGUGAGUCCAGCGAGCAGCCUGCAGAGCAAGAAGUGAUUUCCCUGACCCUCGGAGUAAGAACUGGCAUCAGUGUAAAAUAGUCGUUGAAGGUCUAGUAGAUGUUAAGCAUAACAAUAUUAUAAUAUCAUCGUACACCGAUAUGUAUUUACCUAGAAUGAUAUUCAUUAAAUAUAAACUAUGUACAAAUGUA